GGCAGGAUAGUUUGGCAUGGCAAUCUCCUACACAAAAUUUAUAUAAAUCCUAUCUUAUGCAAUGCAAAAUAAUCAUCAAUAAAACUAUAUAUCUUAAAGGGAAUCAAAUAUAUACAUAAUGAGGGAGAAAUCAUGGGUGUUGAUAUUCUGUUUGGUUUUGGCAGUUAAAGUAUACGUUUUGUUUUACUACUUGCGUCAACAAUGGAUCCUCCUCUGAAGACUGCAUUCAACAUUGUCUGGUGUCGGAAGCACUAGUGGAGACUAUCGAGGACACUCACCACACUAGCAACUCAACGUUUUGUACACUUAGAUGUGCUGCCAUCAUGUGUUCAAGGCUAAUCAGCCAAGGGAAGCCUGAUAAUUUUUCCUUUUUUUUUUAUAUUAAUAUUUGAUAGUUAUGCAUAUGAAUUCAACGAUUUAUGUUGUGUUUAUUAGUUAUAAGGGAAAUGACAGGUUAUGUCAAUACUUGCAUAAAGAGAUGCGUCGUGAUAAUAAAAAAUUCAUAUAAAAAACUGUUCAUUUUACUAAUAAUUAUUCAUUAAUUUAUUUUAAUAUAAAAUAUUUACAUUCACCUAAAUUAUAAAAUCUAAUUAAUAAUAAAAUUUUAAAUUCAAAUAUUAAAAAAAGGAAAAAGUAUAAAUAUCUCAUCUGUUUUUUUGAGCGAAACAAAUUUCUCAUCAGUUGUUUCCAUUCCAUCUUUAAAAGUCUGCAUCUCAAAGUGGCUCACUGUCCCACACUGCCACUCAACGCUCUCUCAGCCUCUCAACACUUCCCCACCUUCCAAUUGCCUACGUCGACGCUCUUUCUCCUCCAACUCCCCAAUCUCUACCAUUUAUUUUAUUUCUUACUUUAUUAUACUUGUCGAUAAGAACCAAAAAGGAAACUAGAAAAAAGAUAAAAAAAUUCCGUAUCUAUUUCAAUAUCCUUCAACGACUCAACAUUCCCUAAUUUUUUUUUUUGUACUUGUUUGGUUUUUUUAAUUUAGUUAAAGGUGAUGUUCAAAACCAACAAUGUCACUUCCCGAAUUUUCGAGCGUCAAAUUCGAACCCCUGCGCCUGGAACCAGUGUUCACUCUGCUAGGAGAUUUUACGAGAAUUUAGUUCCUAGUUUUACGAUAUAUGAUGUGGAAUGUCCGGACCAUUCGUUUUUUAAAUUCACGGAUGAUGGUCAGUACUUUGUGUGUUUCAGUAGGAACCGUCAGGAUUUGAUUGUGUAUAGGCCGACAUGGCUUUCGUUUUCGUGUAAAGGAGAAGAUUGUGAUAAUAACCAGGAACUCCCUCCCCAAGCUAAGAGGUUUGAGAGUUUCUUCACACAGUUAUAUGUUAAACCACUUGCUUCCUGCAACGAGCUUAUAUGUAAAGACUUCUUUCUCUACAUGGAGAGUAAUCAAUUCGGAAUCUUCGCUACUUCGACCGCACAAAUUCAAGAUGCUCGUGGCACGGAUGGUGCAAUCCUUGGGGUCCCAUCGUUUGAAAAAAUCACUAUUCACCUCUUCAGGUUGGAAGAUGGGUUUAAGCUAGAUGAGAAGGUAUUUCACAAUGAUUGUGUCAAUCUUACCCAUAAUAUGGGUGCCUUCUUGUAUGAUGAUUUGCUGGCAGUUGUGUCGCUUCGUUAUCAAACAAUACACAUUCUUCAAAUCAGGGACUCCGGGAACCUUGUUGAUGUGCGAGCUAUCGGCGCAUACUGUCGUGAAGAUGACGAGCUUUUUAUAAAUUCCAGUUCUCAGUUGGCGGGUAAUCGCGGAGAUCUUGUAGAUAAUGGUACAAAUCAUGACCAGCCUAAUUCAAACAAUUCUUUUUUGAGUGGUAUCAAACAACGCUUACUUUCAUUCAUCUUCCGAGAAAUAUGGAGUGAAGAAACAGAUCAAACCCAGAGGGUCCAAUGCUUAAAGAAGAAGUUUUAUUUCCAUUUCCAGGACUAUGUUGAUUUGGUGAUCUUGAAGGUACAAUUCUUGGACCGGCAUCAUCUGCUUAUCAAGUUUGGUAGUGUUGAUGUAGGGGCAUCACGCAACACUGACCAACUUCCAGCUUUCUUUGCUGUAUAUAAUAUGGAGACAACUGAAAUUGUUGCAUUCUAUCAGAAUGCAGCAGAUGAACUUUACCUUCUCUUUGAGCGGUUCUGUGACCACUUCCACGCAACAUCAAUAAAUUCAAUGUAUAUGAAUUUCAUAUCUUCUCACUCAAAUAAUAUUCAUGCUCUUGAACAACUAAAGAGCAUGAAGAAUAAAGCCACCAGUAUCUCACAGUUUGUAAAGAAGAUGCUGUCCUCGUUGCCUUUAAAUUGUCAAUCAAUGAGUCCUUCUCCCUACUUUGAUCAGUCUCUCUUCCGAUUUGAUGAAAAGCUAAUCUCUGCAACUGACCGGCCCAGACAAUCGACAGAUCAUCCCAUCAGGUUCAAUUCUAGGAGGCAAGGAGACAUUCUCAAAUUUAAGAUCAAGACAGGCCCUGAAUUUGGCAGCGCGGAUGGCCGGAGCAAAAAGUAUUCGCAUUUCCUCUUCCAUCCUGUUUGGCCAUUGGCUCUCUCCUUCAUCCAGCCAUCUUUGUUCUUGCCACCGUCAGCGGUGAAUAUUCACUUCCGGCGAUAAGAUUUUAGUAAGUAUUUGCUUUGGUAGCCACUAUCUUCUCCUCCCUUUUUGAAAUGCCCUGAGCUAGUCUUGUAGUUUGAUAAAUAUUAUUUUGUAUAUUUGAUACUUAGGUAGUUGAUAGUUCAUGACUUAAUGGGUAAAUUAUAGAUGAUUGUAACCCUACCCAAACUGUAAAAAUCUAUGCAGCUUUUCUUCUUAUAGUUGAACUUGACCUAGUAAUUUUAGACUCGAAAAAAUAAUUAAAAUAUAACAUAAACUACGAUUCAAAUGA